UCUUGUUAUUUGUAGCCAAUAUCGUUCAGUUCACUCAUUUCGACCUGUCUAAAAGUGCCUUCGAAACAAAGGAAUUUCUUCAUGUAUUUUUCGCGCAAGGAAACAUACCGGAAACAGCAACUUUCUGUCAAACUUAAGGCGCCAUGGCCGAGUCGUCAGCGGACGAGAUGGACGAGCAGCUGUACUCGCGGCAGCUGUACGUGCUGGGCCGCGACGCGAUGCGCCGGCUGGCGGCCGCCGACGUGCUCGUGUCCGGUCUGACGGGCCUGGGCGUCGAGGUGGCCAAGAACCUGGCGCUGGCGGGCGUGCGCUCUCUGACGCUGCACGACCGCGACGCCUGCCGCCUGUCCGACCUGGGCUCGCAGUUCUUCCUCAGCGAGGAGGACGUGGGCAAGAACCGCGCAGAGGCGAGCGCGCCGCGCCUCGCCCAGCUCAACUCGCACGUGUCGGUGCGCUGCGCCGAGGGCCCUGUCACGGCCGAGCUGGUGCGCCGCUACCGCGUGCUCGUGCUGGCGGGCCGGCCGCUGCGCGAGCAGCUGCGCGUGGCCCAGCUGGCGAGGGCCGCCGGCGCCGCGCUCGUCGUCGCCGACUGCCGCGGGCUGUUCGGGCAGCUCUUCUGCGACUUCGGCGACCGCUUCACCGUGUCCGACUGCGACGGCGAGGAGCCGGCCAGCUCGCUCGUCGCCAGCAUCACCCGUGCCAAGGAGGGCGUCGUCACCUGCCUCGCCGACACGCACCACGGCCUCCAAGACGGCGACUUCGUCACCUUCUCCGAGGUCCGCGGCAUGGAGGAGCUCAACAGCUGCGAGCCCCUCAAAAUACGCUACAUAAAUCCCUACACGUUCGGAAUCGGCGAUACGUCGCAGUACUCGGAGUACACCUCCGGCGGCGUCGUCAAGCAGGUGAAAGUUCCGAAAACGAUGUGCUUCAAGCCCCUCGCUGAAGCUAUGCGAGCGCCGGAAUUCCUACAGACGGAUUUCGGGAAGGAAGACCGUCCCAUGAAACUGCAUCUGGCAUUCGUCGCCUUCCACAAAUACGUCGAACAGUGCGGAGAACCGCCCAAAGCGUGGAACGAAAACGACGCGGACUCUUUCAUCGAGAUAGUAAAUACCGCACAGUCGGACUUGGACCUUCAGUGCGACUCCGACCGCGAAUUCUACUCGGUGUUUUCAAAAAUUUGCAGUGGAAGCGUACAGCCCUUGAUCGCGGCAAUUGGAGGGAUAGCUGCUCAGGAGGCGUUGAAAGCGUGCUCUGGCAAAUUUACUCCUCUGUACCAGUGGCUUUAUCUCGACGCGUUGGAAUGUCUGCCGAAGAAUAUCGACCGCGUGGGCAUACACGGCAGGUGCCCUAUCGACUGCCGAUACGACGGGCAGAUUACCAUUUUCGGCCACUCGGUGCAGAUACGCCUAGGCUCCUUCAAGUGCUUCGUCGUCGGUGCCGGAGCCGUCGGCUGCGAAGUUCUGAAGAACCUGGCCAUGAUGGGUGUCGGGACAUUCGAGAAAGGCCGUAUUGAUGUAACAGAUAUGGAUCAUAUCGAAGUUUCGAACUUGAACCGACAAUUUCUUUUCAGGCCUCAGGAUAUUAUGCGACCCAAGUCGCAGACUGCUGCGAAAGCUAUAAAGAUCAUGAAUCCCUACGUAAAUAUGGGUGUUUACGAAUUACAAGUAGGUUCAGACACGGAGGAAGUUUUUGACGACGAAUUCUUCAGUGACACAGACGCAGUCAUCGCUGCGCUAGACAGCGUAACGGCUCGUAUAUACCUCGAUCAGCGGUGCGUUUUUUAUCAGAAACCGAUGUUGGAGGCUGGGACUCUUGGAACCAAAGGUCACACGCAAGUUGUGAUUCCGUUUCUUACGGAGUCGUACAGCUCUUCUCAAGAUCCACCGGAGAAAACGAUACCGAUGUGCACCCUCAAAAAUUUUCCGUACGCCAUCGAACACACACUCAUAUGGGCUAGGGACGCAUUUGAGGGCUUGUUCAGUCAAGAGCCGGAGCAAGCAGCUCGGUACUUGACCGAAAGCGAUUUCGUACAGAGCAUUAAAACGAUGACAGGAUUUCAACCCGUGGAAGUAUUAAAAUCGGUGAAGAAGGUGCUCUUAGACGAAUAUCCUAAUACCUUCGAGGACUGCGUGGCUUGGGCUCGCAGGCUGUGGCAGGAGCUGUUCAAUAAUCAGAUACGUCAACUGCUUCACAUUUUCCCGCCCAACCAAACUACCUCCGAUGGCGAACCUUUCUGGACUGGAGCGAAACGCUGCCCCACGCCCUUAGAAUUCUCUGCGGGCGAUCCGCUCCAUUUGAAUUUUAUACUUGCAGCUGCAAAUCUCAAAGCUGAAGUGCACGGAAUAAAACAAAACAGAGACCUCGAAGCUAUCACUAAUAUUGUGAAAGGAGUUGAGAUACCAGAAUUUCAGCCAAAAAAUGACAUUAAGAUCCCCAUCAAUGAAAUUCAGGGUGAUAUACAAGACAACAUUUCAGGAGAAGACGACAUAAAGAAUAUUAUUAACGACCUACCACCGAAAUCAAAAUUUCAGCAAGUUGUCAUAACUCCUCUGAAAUUCGAGAAAGACGACGACACAAAUUUACACAUCGAUUUCAUUGUUGCCGCGUCUAAUCUUCGGGCGGCGAACUACAAAAUUGCAGCAGCCGACCGGCAAAAGAGCAAAUUAAUCGCAGGUAAAAUUACUCCUGCUAUAGCCACAACAACGUCCGUGGUUGCGGGACUUCUGUGCCUGGAAUUGUAUAAGAUAGUGCAAGAAUUUGCGGAGAUUGAUUAUUACAAAAAUUCUUUCAUAAAUCUUGCCCUGCCUUUCUUCACGUUGUCGGAGCCUGUAGCUGCUCCAACGAAGGAGCUAGCUGGCACCGAGUGGACGCUGUGGGACAGGUUUGACAUAUACGGAGAAAUUACUCUCGAGGCAUUAAUCAGCCACUUCAAAGAGACGUACAAUCUGGAUGUUACAAUGCUUUCGUAUGGAGUGUCCACUGUGUAUUCGUUUUUCAUGGACAAGACCAAAUGCCAGGAAAGAUUAGGUCGUCCACUGUCCGAAGUGGUAAAGGAAGUUUCUAAAAAAGAUCUGGAUUCCAAAAAGCGUUCUUUGGUUCUUCAGUUGUGUUGUAGUGAUGAGCUGGGGAACGAUGUCGAUGUUCCCUACAUUCGAUAUCUUCUGCCAGGCGAUAAAAUACCGGUUCAAAAGUCGGAGAUGCCACCUACAGUGCAACAACUUCCUUGUAAUCAAUGUCUUAAGUGAUACUCACACUGUUUUAAUUGUGAAUAAAAUCGCUUCUUUAUUUUCUAAAGGCACGUUGCCAUUUUCUGUUCGCGGCCGCUUUUAUCAUAUAGUAUCAAACGCUUUUAUGGCGUUAGUCUUGUUAUUCGCUUUCAAAUAAAAUUAGGACGAGUUGAUGUGUUUUUAUUUGCUAUUUAAUAUUGCCACCUCAAAGAAGUAGGGCGCACAUUGUGUUCAACAUGGAAAUACAACUGUUUACAUGCAGAUGUUAUAGUCAAACUAGCGUUUUCUCAAUUAACUUGCUGUAAUCCUGUUCAGAAUACAGAAAAUAAACGACAAAAAAAAUCUAAUUUAAAAUAUUCUGAAGCUUCUGA